UUUGUGAACCCAAUUUAUGACAACACAUGGCGAAUUUAAAAGAUUUGUGUUUAUGUUUAUUGUUGUUGUUCAUCUUUUUUAGUGUUGGUGAUUGUAUUAGCGUUUGCAGGCAGGAUCAUAAUGUGCCUCUUUUCGUUUUCGGGGAUUCAAUAGUUGAUAUUGGAAACAAUAACUACAUCAAUACCAAUUCCAUUGCCCAAUCAAAUUACCCUCCUUAUGGUCUAACUUUCUUCAAAUAUCCCUCUGGAAGAUGGUCUGAUGGCAGAGUUGUUCCAGAUUUCUUUGCUCAAUAUGCAAACUUACAGUUGCUUCUUCCAUAUCUUUAUCCUGGGAAUAAGCGUUACAUUGAUGGCAUAAAUUUUGCAUCAGGAGGAGCAGGGGCACUUGAUGAAAUCAAUCGAGGAUUAGUAAUAAGCCUCAAAACUCAGGCAAGGAGUUUCAAGAAAGUGGAAAAGAUAUUGAGAAAGCAACUUGGAAAGACACAAGCAAAGACAUUACUAUCAAGGGCUGUCUACCUGAUCUCAGUUGGGACAAACGAUUAUCGUACGUUUGCCUCGGAUUCCAAGCUUUUCGAUUCCUAUUCAAUCGAAGAAUAUGUUGAUUUGGUGAUUGGGAACUUGACCUCUGUCAUAAAAGAAAUCUAUAAGAAUGGAGGAAGAAAAUUUGUUGUAAUGAAUCUUUGGUCUUUUAACCAUGUACCUGCUGUGUUAGAAGCAGUGGCAUCACAAGGCAAAGACGCCCAAUUGAAACAACUUAAUCAACUUGUAGAAAUGCACAACAAACAACUUUAUAAAGCAUUGCAAAAGCUCACUACAGAACUCCAAGGAUUCAGAUACUCCUAUGUUGAUUCCUAUAAAGUGUUUGAAGAAAUAACAACCAACCCAGCAAAACAUGGUUUGAAAGAAGUGAAGAGUGCAUGCUGCGGAAGUGGGAUAUAUAGAGGAAUACAAAGCUGCGGAGGGAAGGGUGAUGUAAAAGAGUAUGAAUUAUGUAAGAAUCCCAAAGAGCAUUUGUUCUUCGAUUCCAACCAUGGCAGUGAAAAAGCAUAUCAAAUACUUGCAGAAAUGGCAUGGAAUGGAGAUUCAAAUACUUCCACCCCAGUCAAUGUAAAAUCCUUGUUUCUUUCUUAGCCAAUGUUGAUGGACUGUUCGUGUAAUGUUUACUGUAUUCUUGCAAUAAAAAUAAAUUAAACUUCAUGGGAA